CGUGACUAGUCACAUGGCCAUGACAUCACCAAAGGUCCUGUAGCUGACUAAGUCUCUAGCAAGUUCCCUGGCAGCAUGUCGGCGCAAGACGCGGUGGGGCAGAUAGUGUUACCGGGUGAUGUGCUCCUACUUCCCACUCCGGCCGCAGACGCCCCGCUUUCCCUCUCGGCCUCCCCAGCUGCUAAGCGGUUGCGUGUGAUUUGCGGCCCCGGCCUGAUGCGCCAGGGAGAGAACCUGCAGGUGGUGAAGUGUGGGCUCCUGAGACACCGGGAACCGGCGCUCUAUUGGGUGGACUCGCAGCAGAAGAGGUAUGUUCCAGUGAAAGGAGACCAUGUUAUUGGAAUUGUCACUAUGAAGUCUGGGGAUAUCUUCAAGCUCGAUGUUGCAGGCAGCGAUCAAGCGUCAUUAUCAUUUUUGGCAUUUGAAGGUGCAACUAAAAAGAACAGACCAAAUGUGAAGGUUGGAGAUCUUGUCUAUGGACAGUUCAUUGUUGCCAAUAAAGACAUGGAGCCAGAGUUGGCAUGUAUAGAUGGCUCUGGGAAAGCAAACGGGAUGGGAGUCAUUGGACAAGAUGGCCUUAUGUUUAAAGUUUCAUUGGGACUUGUGAGAAAGCUUUUAACCCCUCAGAAUGACAUUAUUCAGGAACUCAUGAAUGUUUUUCCAAUGGAGUUGGUCAUCGGCAUGAAUGGAAGAAUUUGGGUUAAGGCAAAAACCAUCCAACAGACAUUAAUAGUAGCUAAUAUACUGGAAGCUUGUGAAUAUUUAUCCGCCACACAGAGAAAACAGGUCUUUGCAAAGUUCUCUAACGUAUAAAUGAAACCAAUGUUUCUAUGUUUUCUAGAUUUUUUUUU